AACGUGAUUGUUGGACUCCGCUUUCGUUUUAACCGUGUGUUUUUACGUGGAAGCCUUACUGCACGGGGAGAAGCUUGAAAGGCUCAAAACCUACGAGUUAAACCACAAUAUGGGUAUUAUUUAUUUUUUUUUAAGUCUCUUCCGUCCCGUCUUCCCGUGUGUUUUUAUCCCUGGAGGCAGCUUGCGAAGGAGUUGCCGGCCACCGUGCGCCCCUUUAGCUUAGCACCGGUUUGCCCGAGUAACCCCUGCAUCUGCGAAUAGAUCUGCUUAUUCCUUCUUAUUCCUUAUUCUUUUCCUUUUCAGCCGAUUCGAGCAGAGAGCCAGAGGAUGAGCCGGCAGGCAGGCGCGGUGGAGAAGAGGGGACCGUACCUCAUGAGCAAGCCGCCCUCCGUUCACGCCAAACUGCACCGGCAGCGAGAGCUGGCGAAGGCGGUGCUGCGAAGACAAGGCCUGCUGGGGGGAACCGCUCCACAUCAACCAAAGCCAGCAGCUAAAAGGUCAGUGAAAUUUAACAAGGGCUACACAGCUCUCAGCCAGACAGCAGACGAACAGCUGGUAUCCCUCGAUUCAGACAGUGACGGGGAGCUGGAAUCAAGAUGUUCCUCUGGCUACUCUUCCGCUGAGCAGGUGAACCAGGAUCUGAGCCGGCAGCUGCUGCAGGAUGGGUACCAUCUAGAUGAGGUCCCGGAUGAUGAAGACCUGGAUCUCAUCCCCCCUAAACCUGUUGCCUCCUCUUCUUGCCUGUGUUGUUUCGGCGACUCUCUCUCCUGCGUGAUCCAGUAGGGGCUGCUCGGCUGGGUUGCCCAGAACAGGUCAUGAGCCAGCACUUUCUUGUUUGUCCCUUGGGAUGUUUGUGGGUGUCAAUGUCCCGCACUGGGACAGUGACUCAAAAACUGAAUGCUGCUACACUGCUGUGCUGCUGCUCUUGGUGAGCAGCAGCAGCUGACCAACCCAACACUACUUUUUGUUACACAUAGCAAUAUAAAAGAGAUUGCACAGCGACAUUUAGCCUGCCUGGAUGGGACUUGUCACUUUGCCAGGCAUGAGAAGCUCUUUGCUAGCUGAGGUGGGGAGAAAAGAGGCAGAAGCCAGGUACCCUCCUCAAGGGGUGUAAA